AUGGAAGCUGACAGACGAAUUAUCGACACUAACGAAAUCGAUAAUAUUGAUCCAAACUUUAGCUUUUCUUUGAUCGACCAAUCAAUGUAUUUAAUGUUUUAUCACCAAAGAAAUCUCGUUGAUUACGCUCGAAAUACGAAGAAGAUAAUUAGACCUAGUUUAUUUACUGACUUUGGUUUUUCACCAAGCACCAUCUCUGUAUCUUAUUUGACUUCGAGAUUGAGUAGUGGUCCUAUGCGUCUAGAUGACGCGAUGAUAAACCCUAAUGUAUAUGGUUCAAUCGAUAUAAGGCCUAGCAGUUUCCUUGUCAGAACAGAAACGGAGCAACGAUCCCGCACAAUUUUCAACGCGCUUGGUCUACUUGGUGGCGCGUGGACGGGGUCUCUAACAGUGUAUGCUAUUCUAUUUGGUAAUAACAUCUUAAAGCCAUGGGGUUGCAUCCACUCAUACUGUUGUUGUUAUGCUCGAAAGACUCGUUUGUUGCUUCGUAAAUCAUUCCCAACAAUACCAUUGAAAUCUUCCAAAUCAUUGAUUAGUUUAUUGUCACCGGACUCGUCGGCUUCAACGAAUGAUUUAUUACUCCAGCAACCCGCAUUAAGUCAACACCUAGACUCAUUGGAAUUGUUUCUCAAAGAAUAUGUGGUUGAUUCAACAUACUUAGAAGAUUCGAACAGUAAUGAUGACUCGAACAAACUUAGUAAACUAUUGGGAAAGUUGUACUGGAGAAGCAAUAGUAAUAGUAAAGUCGAUGCCAUCUCACCACAAAUCUCUCCUAGCGACAGUUCAAAUACAGUGUAA